GCGACUCUCAUGCUGCACCCCAGCGGCAUCUUUCCCACGGAAUGCCCACAGCCCAGCCUAUCGCAGCUCUUCCUGGCUCUGGGAGGAUUCAUUGCCCCAUCGAAUGCAUCAACCCCCAAGCUCCUGGUGUCGAAUGGACGGCAUGGCUUUGCCGUGUUCCCGGCCUUCGGACAAUUGGGCUCGCAGUCUCACAUCCCCCACCCUGUCGGUUGUCCACGGUUUGCACCCCAUGGUCGGAAAUCUUUCCUUUUCCUGUUUCCUUCCCACAGACAACCAUCCCACCAUACCACCAUGACCGUCAUACGAGUUUAUGACUUGAUCGUACAACCGUAGCCCUGGCCGGCACGAUACCGACUGCUGCUGAACAGUCCAGACGCGGGAGGUUGACGGACACCGUCGCCUCCUGCCACCCGUUCCAUCGUCCCACGCAAUGGACGCCCCAGAGGUCGUGUCAGGGCCGGAACGGUCGUUGUCGCACAUGCUCCGCCGCCAACCUAAACUACAGAUACCACCUCCAGUCCACUCGCCAGUCGAGAGGACUGGCUCGUCCGGGACUGCGGGUGGGAGCAUGUAUGAAUUCUACAUAUCGAAAACCGAAGAUGAAAAGGAAACGGCUUCCGUUCGGCCGAAGUCAACGACAAUAUGGGGGUACCGCCGCAAGAGGGUCAUACUGUGUCUGUCCUUGGUUAUCGUUAUUCUACUCGCAACCAUCGGCGGAGGCGUAGGGGGAGGGCUAGCCGCGGCGAAUGCGCGAAGAGCCUCCAACUCCAACCCGAUGAUCCUCAUGAUGCCAACAACCGUAACGAUGAUGCCAACAGCCACGGGUGCAGUGCCAAGUUCCACCCCAACAGCCGAUGACCGCGAGAUAGCAUCCGACACCAACAUCAGAGUGCCCACGCGAGGGAUCAUCGACUUCGACUGCGGGAGGAUAUCCAUGAACCGCCAGGUUGUGACUCUGGGUACCUCUUCCUGGGGCUUCGACGUGAACUGCAUGAUGGACUACAUCGGCCCCGGCGUCGACCUUGCUGGUAUGACGGCCUACGCGUUCGGCGACUGCAUCAAGGCCUGCGCCAUGUUCAACAAGUUUGCACGCAACAACACCUGCCUCGGCGUGUUUUUCAAUGCGAACCUGACGACUAGCCUCCCCAUGCACAACGCGAAUUGCUUCCUCAAGUCCUACCUGCCGCAGAUGUCGCCUGAGCGGGACCUGGCUGCUGCGGCAUCGUUGGGGUCAUCGCCGCAGUUUAUGAAACGAGAUGGGGAUUGAGUCAAUUUGGAACGGCAUGUUGAGAUACCCGAUCGAGAGUUAGAGGGCUGUGCGUCCCGAACGAAGGUUGUAAUGUCCUGCCGUUGAUGAUCAUUUAAUGAACUGGCCGCUUAGUUUUAGUAGUGAUUGUUCAGUUUUGACAGUAUGUAGAGAAAAGCAUUUGACGCUAGAAAGUGCAGUGACCUUGUCUUCCACUUUGUCUUUCAUGACUCUCAAGCCACCAAAGUAUUCAAUAAGAAGCAAGGCAUGGCUGGCAGAAGUAUUGGCAGCAAUAGCCUCUUGUUUCCUACAUGACCAGUUUCAUGAACAUCCACCUUCACCACCCGCAAACCACAAACACCAAGCAACACUCCCACCCAUCUCCAACCGUCUCUCCCAUCCCAACCCACCUACAAA